AUGUCUAAGAUCACAGUCGCCGGAGUGCGCCAGAACAUCGAGCAGCUGCUCAACUACUCUCAGAAUGAGAAGAAGAGAAACUUCCUCGAGACCGUCGAGCUUCAGAUCGGUCUGAAGAACUACGACCCCCAGCGUGACAAGCGUUUCUCUGGCACCAUCAAGCUGCCUACCGUUCCCCGUCCCAACAUGACCAUCUGUGUUCUUGGUGACCAGCACGAUCUCGACCGUGCCAAGCACCACGGCAUUGACGCCAUGUCCGCCGAUGACCUGAAGAAGCUGAACAAGAACAAGAAGCUCAUCAAGAAGCUUGCUCGCAAGUACGAUGCUUUCCUUGCUUCCGACACCCUCAUCAAGCAGAUCCCCCGUCUCUUGGGUCCUGGUCUUUCCAAGGCCGGUAAAUUCCCUACCCCCGUCUCUCACGCUGAGGACAUGGCCAACAAGGUCAACGAGGUCAAGUCCACCAUCAAGUUCCAGCUUAAGAAGGUUCUCUGCCUCGGUGUUGCCGUCGGUAACGUUGGCAUGACUGAGGACGAGCUCGUCGCCAACACCAUGCUGGCCAUCAACUACCUUGUCUCUCUGCUUAAGAAGGGUUGGCAGAACGUUGGUAGCCUUGUCCUCAAGGCUACCAUGUCUCCCCCUAAGCGUCUGUACUAA